AGUUCCUUACUCUCUUAAAGCACUGGACCAUCCCUAAAAUGCUGUGAACCACAGAGGAGGCGUGGACUGCCCCAUUCUCUUUAAAUGUCAGCACUCAGAACAGAGCUCCAGACCUUAGUUCAGACUCAGAGUUCUGGAUCAUUUGGUUUAACCUAUUUUUAAUCAGUUUGUUAUGGUAUACAAAGACCUUUGUGAACAUAGCUCCAGUCCAUGUGAAGAAGUUUGAACCAUUAUUAAUCUGAGGAUGACUAAAGACGCAUUAGCUGUCACUAUCGUGGUCUUGUGGCUGCUCUGCAAUCCGGCGAGGAUCAGGGGAACCGGCGCCAUUCCUCACCCAAAUAAAUACAGCCCAAACCAGUCGGAACAGACACCGCAGGCCAGUUCCAGGGGAACGGGACCACCUUCAGUCGGGGACGAGGUAUUGGACUCCAGUCAGGAGGCUUUACACAUAACGGAGCGCCGUUACCUCAAACUUGACUGGUGUAAAACGCAGCCGCUGAAACUGAUGAUCUACGAGGACGGGUGCCAGCCGCGCGCCAUCAUCAACCGCUUUUGUUACGGGCAGUGCAACUCUUUCUACAUACCUCGGCACGUUUAUCAAGAGGACAGUGCGUUUCAGUCGUGCUCCGUGUGUAAGCCAAAGAGUUUCACUACCGUGACUUACACGCUCAUCUGUCCCGGGCAAACUCCCAGCACCAAGAAGAAGCGCGUGCGCCGCGUGAAACAGUGCCGCUGUACUUCUGUCGACUUGGAUUAAACUCGCUGACGUCAUUGUUGUAGGCUACUUCUGUAUGUUUGUCUGAAAGUCAAAAAUUCCUAUAGCUGAAUAAUGUAGGAGCAUGAUCGAUUUGUUUCCUCCAUUAGUUCUCCAGUCAUCAAAAUGUGUCCUUUAUAUUGUGAAGAAAUACAACUGAUGCAAUUAAAUGUAGGCUACAACAAGUUGGAUAAGUUAUAAUACUAUAAAAUAGUGACAUUAAAAAUAUGCUUAUAUUAUUAUUAUAUUAUUCUCCACUGUGUGGAGCAAAAUUUGCGCAUUGAUGCAAAUAGCUUGUUU